UUUUGACAGGGAAAUGACAAUCGUCAGCAAUCCAACUCCGCACCCACGGCACCAAGUGGAAGUGGUCGUGGCGUCAGCUCAUUAUAAUGCUCCUAACCUCGAUUUUCUCGCCGAAACAAGGGAAGCCAUGGACAAAUUUAUGGAGCUGUGUGUGCCACUUCACAAGCAUGCCCUAGAAGGCAACUGGGCAGCAGCAAAACGCAUCCUAGACGAAGAUGGGAAGCUGAGGCACGCAGCAAUAGCGAAGGGUUGGCCCACAGUGCUGCAUGUUGCUGCUGGUGCAAACCACGUUGACUUCGUUGACCAAUUGCUCCAAGUACUCGACAAGGAACACAUGGCAUUGCAAGACAUGAAGGGCAACACUGCAUUCUGCUUCGCCGCUGCGUCUGGGAACAUGGACAUUGCUCGCUUGUUGCUGCACAAGAACUCAUUCUUGCCUCUCAUCAGAGGCGGAAAUGGACGCACCCCUCUUCACUUCGCUGCCAUGCAAGGAAGAUGCCACAUGACCCGCUUUUUGUAUGAUCUCACCAAACCUGUCUUUCAGGAUCAGGACUGCCAACUCUUGUUCUUCACUUCUAUCCACACUGCCAACUAUGAGUUGGCCUUAAAAAUGGCAAGAGAAAGGGAAGAGCUAGCUUAUGCACGCGAUGAGAAUGAUGACACAGCUUUGCAUCUCUUGGCUCAAAAUCAAAAACCUUUGGAGUCUUAUUGUCAUUGUCCGGAGCAUCAAAAUCCCAUCAUGAUCAACCCCGGCAUGAAACAACAUGUGUUUUUUCAACUGGUUAAUUUUCUUUGGAACACGAUUCUCCGCCACAAAGACUUCUCGGAAUCAAUUAAAAUCAUAAGCGAACCUUCUCAACUAUUAUUUGAUGCAGCAGAAGUUGGAAAUUUUGGGUUCUUGUCUGAGUUUAUUAGUGCUCAUCCUAGCCUGAUAUGGGAAGUGGACAACCAAAACCAAAGUAUAAUUCACACAGCGGUUUCGCAUCGCCAUGCUAGCAUAUUCAAUUUAGUGCAUGAAAUAGGGUCACAUAAGGAUAUCAUAGUAACAUAUAUAGUGGAAGGAAGUAACACAUUAUUGCAUUUGGCUGCAAAAUUAGCCCCACAAGGCCAACUUGAAUUAGUUUCUGGAGCAGCAUUCCAAAUGAGCCUUGAGUUAAUAUGGUUUGAGGAGGUGAAGAAGAUAAUGCCACCAUCAUUCAUAAAAUUGAGAAAUUCUGAAAGCUUAACUGCUCAAGAAUUGUUCACUAGGGAGCACGAAGAACUAAGAAAAAAGGCAGAGGAUUGGAUGAAACGCACUGCUGAAUUUUGCAUGCUUAUUUCGACCGUUAUUGCAACAGGAGUGUUCUCUACUGCAAUCAACAUACCAGGUGGCAUCGAUGAUCAAACAAAAAAACCAAAUUACUUGGACAAAACCUCGUUCCUAGCAUUUGCAAUAUCAGAUGCAACUGCAUUCAUCUCAUCUGCAGCUGCAAUAUUAAUAUUCUUUUCUAUUCUUAUAUCACGUUAUGCAGAGUAUGACUUUCACAAGUCAUUGCCCUUGAAGUUAAUUUUCGGAUUGAUAACGCUAUUCAUCUCCAUAACAUGCAUGAUGGUAGCAUUUGGUAGUGCCUUCUUUAUAACGUACAACUAUGGUUUGAAGGUGGUUCCUGAUUUUAUUUCAGUUCUUGCGUGUCUACCAAUGCUUUUAUAUAUAGCUUUGCAAUUUUCGUUAUGGUCAGAUAUCAUCUACUCAACCUACUACUGUAGGACUUUAUUUAAGCCAAGUAAACGUAUGAUUUACCUUCUAGAGAAGUAGAGGCAUUGUAAUCAAAUCAUGUUUUGAUUUGUGAAAGUUGUAAUAUUAUUUGGACUUAAAAAGUAAUAUUGUUAAUAGCAAAAAUGAU